GCCACUACCACUAGUCAGUCACUCGCCGGCCGCCGGUGUAGUACGUUGUGAUGGUGGUUUCUGCGUAUCCGUACAUCUUCGUUCCGCAGAACUGUGUCCUAAAUAUUUAAUGCGUCCUCGCGCAUUUAACGCUUCACCAACGCAGCUGACGAAUUUUCUUUUCGCAAGGAUGUCGUUCGCGAUGCCGUUAAAACGGCUUUCUCGCGGUUCAAGCGACGUGUGACCAGUAAAAGAAGUAGCAAAGAGAGAAGAAGGGAGAGGGAUUCGUUAAAGAUCACGUGAGAUUACGGGAGUCUCGUGUAAAUUAACGGCAAACGUGCGAUCUGUGUGUUGUGCUGUGUAUUUUAUAGUAUUCUUACGCAAAAGUGUUUAUUCGUUACGACCACUUGUUGCGCGCCUAAAGCACCCCUCUUUGUGUUCGUUGGAUUAACCGGAUUACGUGCGUCGUCGGAAUGUUCUUUUCGUCGAUAUAAAUCACCGUGAACGUAAAGAAGUGGUGCACCUGUGCGAAGCCGGAGGCGGAGGAUUCGGAGAACGGGAGAAUCUAGUGAGGACGCUGUGCGUAGCGGCGACGAAAUGAAGCAUGCAGCAUGCGUGGUAGCGGUGUCACGGCUGCGCGGUCCUGCCUUCAACCCCUGGUGUCCGCCAGCCGCUACCUCGCCGUUCAAGCCCUUCCCGGUGAUCCUCUUUACUUCGUCGUUGAGGCGAAGUCGAGAGUAAAGGAAGUGUACGCGCAAACAUGCAUGCUUCUUGGCCAGCAGGGCAUGCGAGACUGCGAACUCUUCGGCCUGGCAAUACUUUCCGACGGCGAGUAUCUCUUCGUUGAUCCGGAGAAUAAGUUAAGCAAGUACGCGCCGAAGAACUGGCGAAGUUCUCACACAUACGGUUUAGACAGCAGCGGACGGCCAGCCUUCGUCCUCUACUUUCGCGUUCGUUACUACGUGGACACGCCGUUGCUGUUAAGCGAUGAGACGACACGCCACCACUAUUACCUGCAGCUGCGGGACAAUGUCGUCAGGCAUGGCGGCGGGGUGGAGAGCCUCCAUCCUCACCAUCCCCUACACGAGCCAUCAAUCGUUACGCCUCUGCUCACACUCGCGGGUCUUGCCCUACAAGCCGAUCUUGGGGACUACUCCGAGGAACGGCACAGGCCACACGCAGGACCUGUGGGAUAUUGCAAGCCCACGGAUUACCUUCCGCCUCACAUGUGCCUCGAGUCAAAUGUGCUCGCCGUGCUCGCGGCUCAGCACAGGGACAACCGGGGCCUCUCCAGGGAGGAGGCAGAGCUGCAAUACAUCCGGGAGGCGGUGCUGCUGGAGGCGCCGCUCAACGCUCACCUCUAUCGGCUUCGAAGAAGCAAGAACGAGGCCGGCCCGGGACGCAUACUCCUCGCGAUAUGUGCUCGCGGGGUGCGAGUAUACGCCGAGGAGGAGACGCCGCGUGUCUUCGCCUGGAACAACAUCGGCAAACUGUGCUUCGACCGCAAGAAGUUCGAGAUACGGGCCGUCGAUCAGCCGGACAAGCUCACCCUCUACAGCGGCUGCGAUGACAAAAGCAAGCUCCUUCUGGGGCUCUGCCGGGACACCCAUCAGUUCUCCAUGGCCAUAGCACCCAGAGUGAACGAAGCGAAGAGGCGCGAGGAGGAAGAAAGGAAGGUGCUCCGCGACUGCUACAUGUACCCCGCCCGUUGCAAGCUAAGCUUAACGGCGCGCGGGGCACGCGGCGAUCAACGAAUCUCUGUAAUCUCGAGCACGUCGUCGAACACAACUUCCGGGAUCGUCAGUGACCGGGUUCACAGCGAGGACGAGCCGGACACGGCGCCAGCCUCGACCGAAUGUCUGCCCCGUCUUACCGAAACUACUUCGCAUUCGACUGUCCAGUGCAACGUUGUGAACGGCACCAACGCGGACGUCGAAGAUCGGUCCCUGCCGUCGUCGCCGGUUUCCACAGUUGACGAAGUGGACGGCGCGGACAGCACGCCCACGACGGCCACGUUGAGAUUGGCGUCGAGCGCGGCGACUGCGGCCGAGGGGUCACAAUGUAGCAGCAGCUGCAGCACGGUCGUGGUCGUGAACGCACCUGCUGGUGGACCGCCGCGAAUGCGUCGCACAUCGGCAACGUCCAGUCUGGAGCUGGGUUACUCGCAUACGGCACAGAAUUCGGCGGUUUCGUCGGAAACCGCCAGCUUUCCUGGCGCCAUUUACGACAGGUGCAAGAAGGGCGGCAAAUACGCAGGCACGGACAUCGCGAGCGAGACCAGCGGCGUCUACACCCUGAGGAGCAGCGAGAUGCAGGACGAGCGAAUAGGAGACUUGUACUCGCCGACGGGAGACGCGAACGAAUCGUCGGCGGCGAGCGACGUGUGCGCCCUGAGCUCCGUUCAAUCGACGACCGACGAGGCUUCGGUGACGUCGGGCUUCUACACGAUUCACAGCGGCCUCAGAUCCGAGACCAGCGACGUUUACACGGAAGACGUCGGCACCGAGGAUCAGGAGCCGAUUUACAGCGUCUGCAAGGGCGACGAGGACGUCGCGAACGUCGUGUCGACCAUGACGUCGGUCACCCUGGACCAGCAACUGGACGACUCCAGAUCCCGAAGCAACAGCAUACUGAGCGCGGGAAGCUUCAGAGGCGAUGGCAGCGAUCCCUCGAGCGUGGGGCCUUUGUUGUCGGCCGACGAACUGUCGGACCUGAUCGUCGGCCGUUACCCUCCCAGGAAAACGAUCAGCAAUUCCAUGGAUUCCGACUGCGACUACGUUACCAUGCCUCCGCCGCCCCCGCCGCCCAGAACGGACAGCGACAGACAACUUCCUCCGCCACCUCCGUAUCCAGUGAGCAUGGAGUACGCGACGUUGAACUCGUCCAGAUCCAAGAUACCGGAUAUAGAGAGGGAACCGCCGCCCCCGCCGCCGUACAACGCGACUCGAGGGGAAUUCGUGCCGUUGCCACCGAGGAGGACGGAUCCGCCACCCCCGCCGCCGCCCUACACGUCGCCCAGAGAAAGAAUUCAGAUACCACCGCCCACACCACCGAGAAACGAUGCUGUGAUACCCAGGGAACCGCCGCCGCCGCCGCCGUAUCCCGAGGUCUCCGAGAUCACCCGGCAAGAGGCGAUCUCCACCCUUUAUCCGACCGCGGGCGAGGAGAUCGUCUCGCGGGUGACUUCGACGAAAAUUCAAACGAGCCUCGCCAACAGCAAGCCGAACAUCGGUUUGACGCCGUUGAAGAGCGGCUGCGGCCAGCCGGCGAACGACGUGACCGUGAUCGCCCCGAAACCACCGCCCAGAAUUCAACCACCCACUUACCCCGGUGACAAAAUGAAACCUACGCCGGUCCACGCGCCGGUCGCGGCUCUAGUUGUGGGCCCGAAUAAUUACCUGGACGUGCACGCCUCGCGAGGUGGUCCGGUCUUGUUGCCUUACUUGACACCGCCGCCGCCCCCUCCGCCACCCCCGCCGCCGAUGGUUCACCCCAGGCAACCGCCUCCACCCCCGCCCAGCCUGGCCACCGUUUACACGAGCCAGGUGGCCAGGUCGCAGAUCGAACAGUACAAGCAGCAGCUCUAUUCCGACGUCGAUUACGUAAUGUUCCCGCUGAAAGAUCCCGCCGUGUCCAAGCAGGAGUACAUCGACGCGAAACAAGGCUCGCUGCUCGCAGCGAUGGCCGCCUAUCCGCCGCCCCCCUAUCCCUCGUUUAACAAUAAAUCGCUGGUAAUGUACCGCAGCACGCCGUAUCUGCCCGGCUCCUCCUUCUCCUCGCCGUCGAAAUACGCUUCCAACCAGAACCUUAGCAGCAGCGACACGAGCUCCAACAAUUACUUACCGCAUAGUAAUCUGAGCAGCCACUACGCUGCUAGCACGAGUUCGCUAUAUAGCGGGGCUACUUGUUCGUCGGCCGGGAGUCAGAGCCUUAGACGCGAGCCACCGGCCCCGGCUCAUCCUCACACGCUCCACGCGUUCUCCAGGACCAGAAGCGACGAGAACAUUUUGAAGUGUUUCGACACGCCAGCCAGCAUCAAGCUGCAGUCCUUGCCGCAACUCAAGCACCGACGACUACCGCCGCCGCCACCGCCGCCUCCAUACGAAAUACAGAAUCUCGAGAAGAACCAGCCGCUUCCAUCAGCCUCCUCGUCGUCUUCGUCGCCGAAGAAGACGCCGAAAACGAGCACCGUGGAAGAGCACGACGAAGGAAAGGAGGACGGGAUGCUGGACAUACGAACGUUGCGGGAGAAGAGCCGGAACUUGGACUUGCCGUUGAUAUCGGCGUUGUGCAACGAUCGAUACCUGUUGAAGCAAACGAAAGCGUUCGUGAUGCCGAAGCAUCCAACCGAGGCGACAUCCUCGACCUCCGCCAAGAACGGGACGAGAAGCAGCAACGGCGGUACAAGCAGAAACAAGUAUCCGGUGAGCGGCCUGUCGACCACGCAGAUCACGAAACCCCCGAGGAAAUCUUCAACGAGUACCCAUAAACAUCCGGCCGAGGUGAAGGGCAACGCUUACAAGGUCACCAAUUCGACGGGCGUGUCCCCGGCUAAAAAGGAGCCGACGAGGGCGUCGCAUUCGUAACACACAGUGUUGUCCUGAAAGCCCUCCCGAGAUCUUGGAGUUCUAUACCUCGACGAAAGUACAUUCCAACAUCUCCGUAAAGAUUUCGCGACAUGUUCUUAUUUUUGUCUCUUUUUGAAAUAUGAUAGAUAGUAGGAAAAGAGAAAGAUUCUAAUGGUGUGAUUGGGACGACGAAUGAAAUGACUCUUCGGGUGUACCGUCCUUCGUCCUAAUAGACAGAGUCUUUCUUCUA